AAAAGUCCGCCGUUUAUUUUCCCUCAAGAAGAGUUUCGGUGUAUGCGUUCAAUAGUGGUCCAACAGCUCUGCGGAUCGCAGACUCGCUAUCGAGCCAUUGAGCCUCAAAUCUCGGGAAGCUCGAGGCUAAUUCGGAGCCGCGCGCGUAGCUCGUACGAGACCCGUGCGCGACGGCGCGCCAGACGCAUCUUUACGAGAGCGCGACAGACACGCACGACGAGGAAAACGCGCGACGUCUCGGGGAACACCCGCGGAGACGGUGCGGAAGGUGGACGGAGGAGGACCAGCGCGUGGAAGAGGGAACGAAGAGAGGAGAGUCGCGCAGGCGCCGAUCCAACGCGUGGAGAACGCUCGUCGUCCGCGUGGCGCGAGUUAGAACUCGACUUGGUGCUUUUAGUCUUGUCCCGUCCCUUCGUCCAUCCUCGUCCUUGCCGGGCGAGAGAGUAGCCCCCGCGGCGGAGCAUCGUCAGAGAGGAAGUAUGCGCCCGGUGCCUGGACCGGUUGCGGCAACAAGGACGCGAAGUCGAGGGGGAUUCCGCCUGAUCCGCUGACCGAGCCGGCGAGCCGUUCGCCAGCGAUGAAGAGGAACACGCGUCGCCCCCACGUGCCUUCCACGGGUUCGCAGCAGCGCGGCGAAGUGAAAGUUCAUUGACGAUGCUUCUGACAAAAGUCUUCAAUGAGUAUCUUCGACUAGAAGAUCGUCUUUCCGGCGCACAUCUACCCACGCAUUCACGAAGAUUGACAUUUAAAUUAAAAGGGAAAAUGAUAAGAAAACAAUCUUCCCUCUGAAGAUGUUGUAAUCUGAAGAAAAAUCUGGAAACUGUAGAUUAUCGAGUAUCGAUCGAUGUGCCUGAUUGCGACAUGUCGCAGAAGAUUUUAUCCCGCAGGGAGAUACUCUCGGCCGAGACGAAUGACCCUCGCAACUCGAAGAGGAGCACCCGCGCUCUAAGUCGAUGGCGCAUUCUCGCCAGGGCGCUGACAGGCUCGCCGGAGCCGGUCGGCAGCGAGUCCGACGAGGAGGUGUCGGUGAGACGGUUCACCAGCUUCGGCCUGCUCAAGUGCGCGCUGCUGGAGAACAUGCUGACGGACGGCGAGUCCAGCUGGUGCGAGUACUCGACCCAGCUGGACGGCCGGCCGUACAACGUUCAGAUACGCAGGAUAAACAAGUGCUUCACGGCGAGCGAGCUGAUCGGCUUCAACAAUACCGGCAACGUGUGCGUGUGGCCGUCCGAGGAGUGUCUGGCUUACUAUCUGCUGAGGAAUCGCGGCCUGUGCCGGAAUCGGAACGUCCUUGAACUCGGCGGCGGGAUGAGCUGCCUGGCCGGCGUCCUCGCCGCCAAGUACUGCAAUCCCAGCACCGUCACCCUCACGGACGGCAACGUGACCAGCGUCGACAACGUGCGCUGCAUCGUUGCCCGAAACGACAUGGCGCAUCUGGUGGAGUGCGGGGUUGUCCAGUGGGCCCAAGCCGCCCGAGCCCUUCGGCAGACGGCGGCGAUCAACGGUAACCGCGUUAAGACCCGGACGGCCGACGACGACGAGGACGCUCGACUGCCGUCGGGUCUCUACGACGUGAUCCUGAGCGCCGACUGCCUCUUCUUUGACGACGCCCGUCUGGACCUGGUGGAGACGAUCUACGGCUGGCUGACCGACGACGGGGUCGCCCUGGUGAUGGCGCCCAGGCGCGGCACGACAUUCCAGAAGUUCGCCGAGGCGUCGAUCAAGCGCGGCUUCAUAGCGCGCCAGACCGAACGGUACGACGACCAGGUGUGGUCGAGGCAUCUGGAGCUGCUGGAGAACAGUCCAGAGUACUGUCCGGAUCUCCACUACCCGGUGCUGCUGGAGCUCACCAAGCAGAAGAAGACGCCGCCCGGAUGAUCGGGCUCGAUCGACAAGGACGACGAGGACGACCGACCGGACGAGAGUCUCAGCGAGGAAUAAAAACAUGUUUCUGAAAUUCUGAACAUGUUUCUCUUUUUUAAAUAUGUAUACGCUUCGCUCGCACGCGCGAUUAUAGAAUUAUUACGAGGGAAAUGAAUGUAUCGCUUCCGAGAGAUGAAGAUGCGCUGUAAUGGGAUGUAAAGAUGCAUAAAGCUGUCUUUAUGUCGCCCAGCAAUGUCAAGGUCGAUUUUUUAUUAGUGCGUCGUCUGAUGAAACGUUUAGCGGUCACAUUCGCUCGCAGAUCGAUCUUCCGCUCGUACGCAUCGUUCCACAUCGUCGCUGCUAUCGGAAAAGUUUCCAUAAGGGAAGUAUUAUGCGCAACGUGCGAGAAUCGCUCGCCGAGCUCUCUUUAACAUGCCUGACCUUCCCUCCUUUCCCCAUUAAUUAACCCAUGGAUGUUUUACGGUGGAUACCCGACAUUUUAUGAAUGAACGCGUAUCUGAAAGUACAAAUGUUAAUUAUAUUCGCGCUCUUAAUAUCGCAUAUAUUUACUUGAACUUAAUUACGUACGAUCAAUUUGUGUGUAGACGUAUUUAUUUAAAGGCGCGCCUCAGUAGCGCGAAUAUUUGCAGCAAAUAGGAAUGCGAAACGGUACAGCGAGCCAUAAUCCUCCGCUUUAAAUUAGUUUAAAAUAUCGUAGAGCCCGCAGAUAUUAUUCUCAUUCGCAGCAGGUGAAACUUCUGGCACCACUUUGCACGCGGCAUAUAACGGGAAAUAGGAAGCGAGCUUCCAAACGGGCGAAUAUAGAAAGUUUCGAAUUAUUGACUUCUACGAUGGAGGAAGAAUGUCGAACUUAAAGUUAUCUUGGAAAUAUUUAUGUUCCGAUAUAUACGUCGGACGACAGAGAUUACGUUACAGAAGAUAGGUUCUGAGGCAAAGUUUUCGAGGAUUAAUCGAUCAACGAUUCAAUUAUUCAUCGAGUUGAUAUUAAUCUUCGAAAAAAAACCUGUUUAUAAAUUACAAACGAUUUCAUCUGAUUAGAACGUGGCUCUUGAUAGAAGGGACUUUUCUUAGGCGUACCUGAUUUUAUAUUGAACCGGGUUAUAAAAACGUCGGAAGAGCGAUCGAGUUUCGAGUUUCGCGCAUCAAAGUGUCGUUUAUAAUGCGGCAACGUGAUACUGGCAAUUUUAUCAAUCAAUUAAAACGUCGAUACUAAGUAGAUAAUAGCUCGAGCAAUCUCUCGAGUUCCUCGUUCUUCGCAGCCGGCAGGACCAAUUGUAUAGACCGGAGUUAAUGUUUAGAUACAACCGAACCAUGACUCGUAGACUGCGAAGUCACUUCCAGGGAGUUCUAUUCAUCGCAAAACUGCGUUAAAAGACAUCUCCGUAUUCUUGAGUAAGAAAGGAAAUAUCAGUGUGUUACAGUUUACGCUAUUUUGGGUCCAAAUACGAAGCGAAAUCGGACUUGGAGCGGGAUAUUGUCGGUUCAGCGAUUUAAUGCUGGAUCCGAACACGCUAAUGAAAUAUCAAUUAUUAUGAUCGUUAACUGUAAACAGAUAUAGAUUGUUGCGAUCGAUACGCCGUAGCUGCAGGAUAAAUUUAAGGAGACAAUUCUUACGCGAGUCGAACUUUGCCUUAUUCGCGUUACAUAGUAAUUUAUUUAUUUAUUUAGGCAGCGUUUUUGCGUUUAUAUCCUUGCGACGAAAGAAUUCUCGUGAAUUUUCUAAGUAUCUCCGAUUAUGAACCUGUUACCUCAACGGACCAAUAUUUAUAGGCAUAUAUAGUUAAGUCUAGUCAGAAUUACCAAACGUACUUCCAUUAUUACGUAUUUUCUUACGUAGUCCAAGUGUCCAUGAAAUCUCUUUACUCGCGUAAAAAGGGAAUUAUAAUAAAUUAGAAGGAUUUAGUUGCAAAUGUUAUUAUAGAGAAUGGGUUUUUUUUUUUAAUAGAAAAAUCGAUACCUCUUUCUAGCGUCCGAUCGUUUUUGUACCGCAGUUCGAGAUUAAAAUCAGCGGACACGUUUUCCCGAGGUUGCUAAUCCACGUGGCUAGACUGGAGAAUUUAUGGACCCUUUGCGGCCCUAGAGGGCCAUUUGUGUACACGUGCAUUAUGCACGAGAGAAUCUCCAUAGUAAUAAACUAUUUUCACUUAAAAA